UAUCUGGGUGCAGUAGAUUUAAGUCACGUGGCUUCCUGCAACAGACAUUUGCGUAAUGCAGCAAAUACAGAUUCGCUAUGGCGCCCUCUAUGUCUGAGAAAUGGAUGGGAACGCUAUGGUAGCAUUACUGAUCUCACUAAGGAAAUCCCGUACAAACCCCAGGAUGUUAGUGGCGGACGGAAUGACGUGUCAUUCAAUAUGGCUGCCAUAGUCAAGCAGGACUCAACGAUCAAUCUUGUUGCUACGUGCAGAUGGAAGGAAGUCUACAUGAAAGCAAAACAUCUUGAGAACAACUGGAAGAACAAACGUUUUCUUGUCAGCAAUUUAAAACCUAGAGACAUGGACGCAGGGCUGGACAGUCGAUCAGUUGUACGUAAGGUGGUUAUCGACAAAGACUGUCUGGUGGUUGUAAUGUCGAACGAAACAAUUCAAAUAUGGGAUGUUAAGACUGACAUUUGUCGACGCCUUAUUCCAGCUUUCAGUGAAGGUGUCGCGUGUGUUAGAGUUUGUAAUAGUAAACUUGCUGUCGGUAGUAAAGACGGUGUGGUUCGUAUAAUAUUCAGUGCCAACACUGGAGAGAUAUUGCAUCUCAUGCAGGGAACCAAGGAAGAAUAUAUCGACCGAAUAUUCAUUGAUACAGAGUUGGUAAUAAGUUCAGCUAUACCGGGGUAUAUUACUGCAGAUGAUGCUAAACACAAAAGAUUCGCUUUUCCGUAUGAUGUAGCUCUAUUGUGUGAAUCCAUUGUAAAUAAUAAUUGUAAUUCUAAGCCUUUAAUACGAAAAAUGGGGCUCCAUUGCAACUCUCUUCUUGCGACCCUGGUUUAAAAAAGAUCGUUUACAUUAUAUUAAUUCUUGUCAUGUUUAACAUCAUUGCGCCAAUCAUCUGUACAAUGGGAGACGUGUUAAAACUCUAGGUG